UCACUCCUCCUCCUCCUCCUGCUUUACUCCACUCACCGACUCCUCAGCUCCUCAUUCACUAGAAGAUGGCGGACUGCGCUCCACUGUUAGAUGAGGAACUCUCGUCCUUUGUCUUCAAUUACCUGACAGAAAACUCCGGCAGCCAGUAUGGGGAGGAGGAGGUGUGUUCGGACCGCUUGGACACUGAUUUCCCGGACAUCGACCUCUCCCAGCUGGACACCAGCGACUUCGAUAGUGUCAACUGUCUCAGCGAGCUGCAGUGGUGCACCGAUCAGCCGGCAGAUGGGUCACCAGCCUCGGUCCACUACAACACGGCAGAUGAGCUCUUCGAGAUAGGAGAGGAGAAUGCGGCUCUGCUGGCCGCGCUUACAGACAGUUUGGAUGGCAUUGUGGAUGCUGAAGUGGGCGGGCUUUCAGUUUUUCCCGCUCUGGAGGAAGAGCCAAGUCAAGAAGAGGAAGAUGAGGACAGCCUUCCUCUAAGUGCUGAAGACUUCAGUCAGUCCCUAGGGGCUGAGACAGAGGACCUAUCUCUAUUAAAGAAGCUGCUGUUGACUCCUCCAAACGCCCCCACUGGCAUCGAUGUGCUCAAAGAUGGGAUCCACAGCCAUCGCUUCGGCAACAGAGGCCUCCGCCUUCGACCAGUCAGACCCCUGGCUAAGAGUGAACGCCCUCAGGAGCGGAAGCCUCGAGCCGUGCGUCCUGCAGGGCGUCUGUGCACAGAGCUGCACCGCCACCUCACCACCGCACAAGAUGCAGAGAACAACCCAGUUCUCAAGACAGAUGAGGACGAAGAGGAAGAAGAGGACGAGGAGAGUGUGUCGGAGGAGGACGAGGAGGAGGAAGAUGAGGAGGAAGGGGAGGAGGAGUCUUCCAGUAGUGAAGUUGAAGGUGCAGCAGUUGCAGCUGCUGUGCCUGUGGAGCCAGCUACAUCUCAGUUCAGCUCAGAAAAAGAGCUGCGCUCUGUAGUGGAACUGAUUACGUACAUGCACACUUACUGCCUGCCUGUGCGCAAGCAGCAGGGCUGGGAGCGCAAGGACCGUGAGCUCUCCCGGCCUCGGGCCAGGCCUGAGGCCUCCCGCUUGGCCACUACAAACUCUCACAGCCGAGUGGUCUUGGUGGCUACUCCUGGGACUAAUGGGGGCUUGACUGGGACUGCCAACAGCACCCCCCGGAGGAUCCCCUUUACUAGGCGGAGGGAGAUGAAGGCCAACUCCCUUCUUCGUGAGCUCUUGCAGCAGAACAGCUCCUUCGAUGUGAGCAAGCCUUAUAGACUGCACAGCCCACCCUACUCCCACAGCCCCGCAGGGGGCUCUGCCCCAGCUAAUAGAUCUUCCUCAGCCCAGUCUCGCAGCUCCUCCAACCCCAAACCAGAACUUUGUAAAGACUCUUCGUCACCUGACAGGAGAAACUGUUCCUCUGAGCCACCACAGAGUCUGGAGGAGCCUGCAGAAACCAGCGGCUCUUUCUCAGUUCGCCGCUCAAGACGUCUUGCAUCUUUUCCCAGCCGAUUCGCUAAGAGGUUGCGGCCUGGACGGAUGCGAGACAACGAAGAGAGAGAGGAAAAGAAAGUGGGGAACAAACUCCUGCCUACACAAGCCGGAGGAGGAACCACAACGGAAACACAGCCAGAAAAACAAACGUCUAGUGAUGGCAACAGCACUUCAGAGCCGACCAAACCCUGCUGCCAUGUAACAGAAAAACGGGCCUGUCUCUGUCUGCCUCUCAGCCCAAAGUCCACAGGAGAGUCCCAGUACGGCACCAGGCCUUAUGAGCAGACGCUCAGCGUGGAUCUGUGUGGAACCGCAGGCCUGACCCCUCCCACAACCCCGCCUCACAAACCUGUGGAGGAUGAGCUCUUCAAGCCAACAGAGGGCGGAAAGGGCAGUGGCGGCACUGAUGGCGGAGGUGGUGGUGAGUCCAUCCACCCGGCUUCAAACACCAACAACACCACGAAGACCUCGACGUGGCUGAGUCGUUCCCAGCACCAGCGGAAGCUACCUGAGCAGACAGAGCUGUAUGCUCAGCUGCGGCGCAUGGGUCAGGCCAGCGACGGCGACGCCCAGCGCAACUUUGGUGACCACGACUACUGCGUGUUGAGCCUUGGAGAGAGCCACAAGCAGAUCCCUGUCGCCCCCUCCACCGUGGCGCAGGCACAAGCAGGGGGCAAGGGAGACAUCCCACCAUCACCUAAAGCCACUGAAAAUCAGGACAUGGAUGAAAAGGGCAAGGAGGAGAGGCUGGUGAUGACCGAAGACAUGGACACGGAGGAGCAGCAGACGACCAUGGUGAUAUCAUCAUCACCUCCAUCAGACUGCCAGUCAGUUGCUGCCACACCUCCAUCUUCUGAGGAGGAGGCAGAGCACUCCUCUGCAUCUCGUUCGCCCUCACCCAUCCUCCACUUGUGCCCCGACUCCCCCUCCAGCAAGACAGACUCCAGUGAGAACUCUGAGAGCUGUCCUGAUGACAACCAGAGGAACAAAGCCACGUCUGACGAGGACAACUGCCAGGUGUUCUACAUCCACAAUCUGCCGAGUAGAGUGACGGAGAACAUGCUGAGGAAACGCUUCCAGGUUUUCGGCAACACGGAGGAUUGUAAAGUCAUCAUCUGCAAUGAGGAGCGCUGCGGGGUGAUAAAGAUCAGUCAAGGGGCUCAAAGAUGUCGAAGAGAACGUGAGACUGUUUUCCAGAAUGCCCCUGCAGGCUUAAGGAGGCUGACGAGGAAACGCUACAUAGAUCUUGACGAGGCGGGACCUGGCCCUGUCAAGAGUAAGUAUGAUGCACUGGACUUUGACACCCUGCUGAAGGAAGCCCAGAAGUCCCUGCACCGUUGACAGUACAGCGCAGCUGACUGGUCAGCCUUAGUAAACUGCAGCAGAACCCCUUCGACAACACGAGUCUGCCCUCAGUACCUCCAUGCAAGGCAACCUCACAUAAUGUUUACAUUUUUAAUAUUGGAAUAAAAUAACAAGAACCUUGUUUUUUUAAAGUUUCUUUCACCGGAGGAUACUGCUUAAAAAAAAAGGAAGUCACUGAGAGUCCAGAAAGAGGACGAGUGAGGAAACUAAAGGACUCUAAACAGCAAUGGUGCAACAGCUACAAACAAUAAUAAUACAAGAGUAACAACAAAGCUGCUUCCUGUCUGUGCGUGUGACAUCAUCGCCCUGCCUUGAACAAGUGGGCAUGAGAGACCUGUAGCAAAUCCUUGCUAUCCCCGCAUUGCGUUGGUCAUUGUGGUGUGUGCUCUUGCGUGUGCGUGUUCUCCAUUCUGUUAGUUUUGUAAGAAAAAAAAGAAAAACCUCCCUCUGUUCAGUCAAGUGGUGAACGUUCAAGCUACGUCUGCUUGUACGUUCAUGUCACCAGGAAUAAAAAAAAUCUGCUUUGUUUUAGCAAAAAAUUGUGGAUGUUCUAACUUUUAAAGCCUACUGUGUGUGUGUGUGCUAAGGACAAAGAGUAUAAAAACAUUUACCGUGAUCAAUAGAUGACUGAUAAAGUUUACAAAUGUAAAAUGAAGAAAAAAAGUCAUGUUUUCUUUUUUGUAAUUAUAGUGCUUCCUUGAUUUGAUCUAUGCACUGUUGGGAGGUAAACAUCUUGCUUGUCCUCCACUUUCCCCUUUUAUUGACUCUUUUCUCAAUUUCUGCCAUGUUGACGAUCUGGCUGAUGCUACUGGUUGCUGUAGGCUCAGUUUACCGUCACACACUGAAGCAUCAUGAUGUCAUUGUAGAAGGGAGAGCUUUCCACUGGAAUAAGCACUUGUGAAGGCUGCACAUGAGAAAUCGAUUCAAAACUGGUUAAACCAAUUGACUUCUCAUUGUUGCAACUCUGUUCAGGUCCAGAUUGUCUUAAAUCUCCUUUAAAACCAGAACUAAAUACGAAUAACCACAAAGCUGUUUUUUGAAUUUGUUAGGAAAUUAAAAUAAAUAAAUAAAUGCUACAUUGACCUGAAAAAUAAUUAAGUUUAACAGUCAUUACCUGGAAACAGUAUUUCAGAAAGGAAGGCAUAUACGAAGUUAACUACAUUAGAAAACAUGGAGUGGUGCAAUUAAACCACUGAACAGCAAAUUCUUACAAUUAUGAACAAAUAAUUUAAAAAUGUACACAUCCUUGAAGACGUCUUGACUAGUUUGGGCUUUUGCGUGUUGUUGGUAUGUUUGGGCCUCUCAGCCACCGUGUUAAUUACAGCAAUGCAGAACACUGACCUACUUUUGCUCCAAACCAGAUGCAAAUGUUAAGUUAAGCAUUUCUGAAGUUUUCAUGAGCAGUUGCUCAGCAGUAGACAAAAACAGCUAGGUUCUGGUCAUGUCUGAGUAAUGAUUCAACCUCCAUCCAAAGUAGCAGUAACAUUACAUUUGAUGGUUAGUGUCAAAUUACAUGAUUGACAUUUCAAAAUGAGAUGUUUUAAAGCUGCUUUCCAGAGAUUUCCCCUUUCAGAAAUGAUGUAUGAUUUUUCAGGAAUCUGUAAAAGCAAUUGUCUCAUCAAGUACUGUGAUCAAAUGAAAGCGAUCCGUCUUUAUUCAUUUUUUGCUAAGCACGCCCCCUGCCUUGCAGAGCUCUGUGCAAUAGGAAACUGAGCGCCGACCAGAACUAACCAAUAGCGUUAGACUACCGCUUACCUGCUUCGAAUUUAAGGAAUACCUCGGCUGAUGCAGAGUUGAUGAACUUUUCACGGACAAGUAAGUCUCUAAAAUAUAAAUAUAUGAGAACACAACAUGACAUGAGAAUAAUACUCGUAAAACAACUUGUUUUAGCUCUGUUUGUCGGCUACAGAAGACCAUUUAUAAACGUAAAUGUGAAGUCGCCAUUUUAAAAUAAGAGAGCAACAGAUGUUUUAUGUGAUAUGCUUGUCAGCCACUAGAUGGUGCCAUCGGAUAAGAGAAAUACUCCAGAAAGAAGCUUUAAUGCUUUUCAAACCAAGAGGCUUAAAUAGAUGUGUAUUUAAAACAACUCCUUAAGGAGACAAUAUGCAGUUUUUAUCUUUAAUCUCUGCAACUUUUCAUCGAAAUGUUGCUGAAAAUGAAUAAAAUAAUGUCAAGUCGUUGAAAAAUGUUGGUGGCUUCUUAACGCAUACCCAUAAAAAGUGGAUCUAAAAUACAUAGGUCGUGGGUCUAGGGAUGUUUCACAAUGUCAAGGUGCCUUGCAAGGCGAUGUCUUGGUAGGCUAGGCGCCUUGCUUACGAGGACACUGUCCUUCCUUGGUCAUAAAAAACGGUUAAAUGAAGCAGAGUUACAUCACGUGACCCGUGAGGUAGUACUAUAUUUUGUGCAUAUAAGUUUCAAUAUAAAUAUAAAACAAGCCUUUUACAUUUUUUAUUGUUUAUAUACUUGUUAAAUUAAAAUACGUAAGCAAGUUACUACCUACUAGCCACCGAAGCUGCAACUACUAAGCAACUAACCAACUAACUGCUUUGGAUAUAAAAAAUAUUUCAGAUAUCAGCCUAAUAGCUGCAAUUAGUUGAUUACAUUUAAACUUAAAAUUAGCCCACAAAGCAGCUGCCGGCUUCUGAUCCGCCGUCCUUUUGAAAAUACUGGGAAAUUUUUGACCAAAGCUAGGCUACAAGACACCUUCUGUGUAUCCUUGCUCAGCUAGCUAAAUGGCUAACAAAUGGAGAACACCUCGGUAUAACAUGAACAUUUGAACACGCCUUGGCAGUUUCUGAUGACAUAUCGCCUAGGCAACCGUGUCGGGACCAAGACAUCAAGGCGAGGUUCUUUGGCAUUGAGAAAUACCCUAAGUCUCUGGGGAACGCCAUAUUAGACACCAUGUUUUACGUGAGCCGGUUCGGGGUUCUGCGCCUUUUUAUGACAUCACUUCAUGUUCGUAAAAUUUUAAAUUAGCACAAUGACAAAGAAGAUUUUGAUUGGUCCAGACACAUUUGGAUUUGUAAUCCUUGCGGUUGUUGUCCUGUAGUGAGAAAAAUAAAUUGGAGGCAAAGAUUGAAUUGCCAAAAGAAAUGUAAAAAAAAAAAAACAAAUAUAUCAGUUGAUAAAUGAGACUCUGAGGAGCUCUGACUUAGAUGAAAUGGGGCAAUAUUUCAAAGAACUUUAUUGAACAAAUUACAAUUAUGCAACCUUUUGAAUGAAUGAAUGGAUUUAUUUAUAUAAGAACUAGCAAAACAUGCAGGAUUCCCAUUAAUACAAAAGGAAAAGGAUGCUAAUUAUGUAAAUACUUUAAAAAAAUAUUUGCAUAUAGGAACUGUUGUGCUCACAGUCUGAUGUUGGUUUUAUGUAGUUUCACAUUCUUUAAAAAAAAUGAAGACAACGUGGUGUUUUAUCAACAAAUUACAGUUAUGAAGAAAACACUUAGGUGAUAAAAAACAUGAAUUUAACAACAAAACUGCUAAACUCUUUCCAAAACCUAUGUGAAAUAACAAUUGAAAAAGAAAUGCAAUAUAUUUUGGCUGAGUGGUGUUGCCGUAGUGUGAAAUCAUCAGCAGCAAAUCGAGCAAAUCCGGAAACUACAGCACCAGAAAACUAGCAUUGGCAUUGCAUUCUCUCGAUGGAAUUAGCUAAAGGACCAUUAAAGUCCCGCUGACGUAGCAUGCUUUCUGCCCCACAGGUAACAAUAUUAACCGUAAUGUUUCUUUGAACUAGCGACAGUCAAGGCGAAAUGGUGUCAAACUACCAUUACAUGCUGUAACUUUAAAUAAAACAAAGAACUUGUUUGCUUUUGAACAAGUGAGACUAAAAAUGGGGAAAUAAACACAGUGGUCACUUUAGAGCAUACACUGGGUUGAACUCAUCACCUUGACGCUUUGCCCAGACCGGUUAACCCUACAUCAUCUCCCACGUUAAGUUCAGUUGUUACAGGCAGACAAUCUGUAUUUGAAGUCAUCCGUUUGGACAGUGUUAGCGACAUGUUCAGUUUUAAAAGCACAAAAGAUUCACAAAACAACAAUAACACCUAAUCACUUGCUAUGGUUAAAGCUAGAGGAAGACUUGGUUGGUUUAAAUGGAAUGUAUUUAAGAACCUGAAUGUAAUUUUAGUGUUAUACUGACACUUCUGCUUGUCCAAAGAUUGUGGAGCUUUUUGGUGCUUUAAAAGGUGAACUUGCUUAGUCACAGAGGACCGGUUCUGGCUUAAAAGUGCAACCUGGGUCAUUCACAUUCCUGCUGCAGCCAGUAGCAGCAAGCGCUGAAGGGGGAGGGAGCCAAUAAAGCCUGCCAAUUUGGUGGCAACAAACUGCCACCAGUAACACAGCCAGGGAGCAAGCACGGGAUCGGCUGAUUAGAAACAAAGGGAGCAAUCGGCUGAGAAUCAGAUUUCUCGUCUGAAUUCAGACCAGCGUCUCUACCUCACAUCUUCCCAUCCCAGCUCCCAUCUGUUUUUAUUUGUCCAUUUUCCCAAAUGCUCUUUUCUGUCUUAUCACUCAACUGAGCUUUUGUUGGUAAUGUUGUCUUUGUGUUCUCUUCUGAUGGGCAGUUCUGUGUAGGAUGGACUAUUUGGACUGUCGACCACUGAGAUCUCUUUUCUAGUCAGGUUUUUGCUUGACAUAACAGCUGUAGUGUGUCUGCUUCGUACAGUCUCAACGUAGUGUCCAUGUGUAAUUGAAUGUUUCAUCUUUGUCUCGUGUUCGAGUUGGACACUGCUGAUGCUUAUGGGUCAGUGAGGGGAUGAACAGAGGCUUGGUGGUUGGUUGGUCCUUGAGUGCGCGUUAAGGGGGAGAUCUCACACGUUCUCGGCGCUUCUUUUUAUAGUUUCUUCAAGGACACGCCACUACUCCAUCUUUCUCUGCUCUUCAUCCUUCCUUGCCUAGUAAAUCCAAUAAAAUGCACCAUCUUUCUCUCUCUCUCUCCCUUUCUCUCCCUUGCUCUCUCUCCUGUCGUCUUCUGGGUUUUGAGGCCUUGUCUUCUACAGGUCUUCCCAAGAAAAAUCCCUACUUUUUAACUGAAGAUUCCCUCUUUCCCCUCCUAUUUCUCGUCUUUUCUAUCUAAUCAACGUCGUAAAAUACACAAAAAAAUUGAAUGUUUACAUCACUUGAUUCUCUUUGGAGUUUAUUAGGAACGCACACUAAGUACAAAGGCGCCUUAUUCAGUGCUUAGAAUUAAAAUAACAGCAAGUCAAGAUGUCUGGCAGGAUGCACCUUCUCCAGGCUCACAGAUGUCCAAAACUAACAAUUACACUUUAGUGCUAUACAUACUUAAUAAUGACAUGGUGUCGCCUUUUAAAAAGGAUAAAAAAAGUUUCAACCAAUUGUGAACAACUGAGUAUUGUGCUUAGUAUGUAUACUACUAAAAGGUGAGAGAAUGUGCUGGUUUACAUGUUAAAAAAAGAUAAUAUAUGAAUAUAUAAUGUGUACAUAGCACUAUGCCUCAUUGUAAACAAAAUGUAACGUGUGUGUGUUUUUUUUUUUUUUUAUUAAAGAUGGUGUGUCACACAUGAUUACUAAUAAGACAGGAGCUUUCAGGUCAGUUUAGUUUCAGUAUGUUGGUUUUGUUGAGUACAGGGACGAAAUGAAGGGAAGGUAACUUCACUUAAAAUCCAAACACAACUGCUGUAGCAAAUAAGACAAAAAAGAUCCAAGUAUCAUAUUUGACUUUCACGCUAGAAGGUUGCGUUUCUUUUGACUUGCUUCAGAUAUUUUUGUUUUUCUGUUUUCCUAAAAGCAAUUUCAGAUGCAAUACGUAAUAAUCGCAAGAAAGCCUUUGUGAAAACCCGAGGUAACGUUGAGUGUGUGGUUGGUUGUUGAGCUUUUACACGGCAAUCAUUUAUCUACCGAUUCAGUGGGCUGAUGUACUGUAUGUUGACUGCCAUAAAAUAAUAAGAAAAAACCAGAAUAAGAAUGUUUUCUGUGAGUAGAAACACAGAAAACGUUGUACUAGCAUUCUCACUGCACAAACUGUCAUUAUUGUCUUUUCUUAUUGUAAGCUGUCGUAACUCUAUAACACCACAUUUUAAUGGUGCACAGAUUUGGUGUGAAUCGGAGUUGCUUGCAGCACUUACUUUAAAGUAACAGCCAAUAACCAUACCCGGUUAUCUCCGGUAAAGGAAUGUGGCAGGGAGGUGUUGAUGAAAAGCUGGUUUGACCCCGGUAAAUAAAUUCAGCCAGUUGAGGUUGGCGCUGUAGAAAACUUAGUGUCACUACUUUUCCUGGGAGGAAAUGAGUGAGAGGGGUGGCAUUUGUCUUCAGAUCUUUUCAGACAGUUAUCAGUUGUGUUUUUUUUCUCACAAAAUGACCAAAAUAUAGAGAAAAGGAGGAGCAUGCACUAUUUUCUUCAUAAGAUUAAUUAUUCUACCUUGAGACUGCACUAUGUUCUAGGGUUUCUACAGCGGCGCCCACUGUGUCUGAGAGGGUACCUGUGUUGUUUAAGAGUUUAUUAACAUCAAAACUACCCCGUUUUCAUCAUGGAGAGCCUUAAAAAUCAAUGGGGGGAUAACUAAGCUACCAUAGCUUUUAUUCUUACUGUUUAAACUCCUUUCCAAUCCAAUGUGGUUUAUUAUUAAAUAAUUACUGACGUAAUUACAACUUUUUUCAAUAGCCAUAUUAUAAAAAGCUAUAUACAUAUAUAUGAAUAUAUAUUUGUGUGUUUGUGUAGAUAUCUAGAUGAUUAUAUACUUUCUUAUAGAAAACUUUGAUGUUGGUCAUUCUGCGUAGUGUUUUGGGAACACGCUGACACAUUUCAACAUUAUUACUGCUGUCUGUUUGGUCUAGGUCCUAGGUCAAAGGGCAACAAAUACAAUAUAAUGAAAAAAGGGAAUUAAUCUCAGAGGAAUGCUAUACUUUUCUUUCCAUUAUUCAUUUAAUAAAAAAUGAAAAAUGGCUAGAAAAUGGUUUCACUUCUCAAUAGACAAGUUGACCAAAAAAAUGAAAAAAAAAAUGCAACAAUAAAGAGCACGGUUCACCAUGUUCACCACAAUUCACAGGAUGAUGUGAAGAGCUCAGAUUCAGUCUAAGAUGCCAGGGGUUGUUAACACCUAUUUAUAUGUCGCUCACUGUUUCUUCAGCUUGUUACGCCAUGAAAUCAGCCCUCACUGGAAAGGUUAGGCAUCAAAAAUAAACUAAAAUAUAAACUGUAUGACAACAGCGACACAUCAUGACACAUGUUAGGGACUGUAGUCUGUCAAAAUCUGCUACAUGUGAGUGGGUGAUUGUUUAUUUUUAUUUUUAUUUUGGGGGUGACAAAGGGCAUAUAUUGAUUUUGUUGUUUUUCAUGACUGUUGAUUUUAUUUGUCUAUUUACAUCUAAUGACUAUCAAAUUCAAAAAUGAUUUUUUUUUCUCUUUUUUAACUUAGUUUUUGGUAAAACAAAAAGUUAAAUACUGCUAGUGAGAUUUUAUAUUUUUACAUAUGUUUGUUUUGUUUUACGUCUUUCUUUUUUAUUUAUAUGCCACUUAGUUUGGAUGUCUUUAAAGGGUGUUUUUUUUUUUGUUUCUUUUUGUGUAAUUGCAUAUGUCUUGAGAAUGUGGAGACAAAGGCAUUUCAGUAUUUUUGAAUUGUUAAAAUCUAGUUUCAUAGAAGCUAAAGUAUCUGAUGUUAUAAAUUAUAUUUUAAUUCAUGUAAAUAGUUUAAAACAGAAGACUAUGGCUUCCUUUUAAACUGAAUACAUUUCUCUUCAGAGAUUGUUUACAUUAUGAAACUGUAGAGAUGUGCUCCUCAUAUACUGUAUAAAGUACAUAUAUUCAUUGAUUUGCCUCCAAAAAUAAAAUCCUAAUGAACAACA